CGGGAGGAGGGCGCCGGAGAGCGCGCGUUGCCUGAGCCGGCCCGGGAGCGGCCGAGCCGAGUGUGCUGGGCGUCGGCGCGAUGGCUCCGGCUGGGGACCGCGAAGGCUACUGGGGCCCCACGACCUCCACGUUGGACUGGUGUGAGGAGAACUAUGCGGUGACCCUGUUCGUCGCCGAGUUCUGGAAUACAGUGAGCAACCUGAUUAUGAUCAUACCUCCGAUCUUUGGCGCAGUUCAGAGCAUCAGGGAUGGACUGGAGAAGCGGUACAUUGCUGCUUACUUAGCGCUCACGGUGGUGGGGAUGGGCUCCUGGUGUUUCCACAUGACUCUGAAGUAUGAAAUGCAGCUGUUGGAUGAGCUCCCCAUGAUUUACAGCUGCUGUGUAUUUGUGUACUGCAUGUUUGAAUGUUUCAAGACAAAGAGCUCAGUAAACUACCAUCUGCUUUUUACCCUCGUCCUAUUCAGUUUAAUAGUAACCACGAUUUACCUAAAAGUAAAAGAGCCUAUAUUCCAUCAGGUCAUGUAUGGAAUGUUGGUCUUUACAUUAGUACUCCGUUCUAUUUAUAUUGUCACAUGGGUUUAUCCAUGGCUUAGAGGCCUGGGCUAUACGUCCUUGACUGUCUUUUUGUUGGGAUUUUUAUUGUGGAAUGUAGAUAACAUCUUCUGUGAUUCACUGAGGAACUUUCGAAAGAGAGCACCCCCUAUCCUUGGUGUCACGACACAGUUUCAUGCAUGGUGGCAUAUUUUAACUGGCCUGGGCUCUUAUCUUCACAUCCUUUUCAGUUUAUAUACAAGAACACUUUACCUGAGAUACAGGCCAAAAGUGAAGUUUCUCUUUGGGAUCUGGCCCAUGGUCAUGUUUGAACCUCAGAGGAAGCACUGAUGAAUUCUUCUAUCAAGGAAACAAAAGCAUCUGCUGUAGUUCUGGCAAGAUGGUCCAGAAGUCCCCAAAGACGUGCACAUUCAGACACCAUGCCCGUCACAAGAGCUGGAUGACUCAGCCGCACAGAAUGAGCAUCGGUUUGUUGACUGUUUAGCUCCUGGCUUUAUCUCAUUUGUCUGUGACCUAAGAUGCUUAUAGAGAAACUGAUGGGUGUAUAUUUAUAUUCUGGAGUGGGAGAAGUUGGGCGUUUCUUAACAGGUUAACAGUCUGUGCUGGUCAUUCAUGGAAAAAGCUAAUAUGUUAAUUAUACCUUUCCUAAUUGUUGAUUAAAUAUUGAACAAAGUCAUUAAGGACUGACAAAAUCCCAUUUCCAGAUGGUUGACUGUGAGCCAGUACUUAGGCUGUGUCAACUUUGAUUUAUAUUAUUAUAUUAACCUCACGUGGUUUUUUAAUGUUUAAAAAGGAAAAGAAAGCCCUGGCUGUAGCUGCCUGGAUAGCCCCUCACUAUCUGCCUUGGUGCUAGCUGGACCGCCGUAAGCAGACUCCGACCUGCCAGUGCGUGGGCUCUGUUCUCACCCCACCAGUUUGUUUCGGGCUCUGGCCCACAGCCAGUCAAGGGGCCGGCCGUCUGUCAUCCGGUUGGGAGUUCCUUCAGGGCUCCUGUCUUUCACCAGUUAAAGUCUGUUGUUUUGCUUUCUUUGAUUUUCAAGUUAUUAUUAUUUUUGCGUCUAGCAAAUUUAACUGGUGAUCUGGCCUACCCAUUUUCUGUAUGACAGCAUAGUUUAAAUGAAGUUACCAGGGAAAGUUGGACGUUUUUUACUUCUUGCAUUGUGCAGUAUUUUCCAGUUCUCAGAGAGGUCAUGGCUAUACCCAGACACCUGUGUCAGGUUAACCCUGUUUUGCAUAAAGCUUAUUAAAGUAUUUGCUCCUUCAUUUUUUGAGGAGAAGAAAUACAAGUAUUAAAACAGUACUGACUUGUAACUUCUGCAGCAUCUAAAAUUUUAAAAGUCAGUAAUAGCAGUCAAGUCUCAUGGGGAGGCAGAUAGGUCUAAUCUGAGUGUCAGGAAAUUGAAUUGAUUGUCACAAAAAUAAAUGAAAGGUCAUGUAUCUAUUGAUUGCAUCCUGAGCUAAGGCUUCAAAGGAAAAGUAGGGGUUUUUUCUCAUGCAAAAUUGAUAAAAACAACUUUCCCAUUUUUCCAAUAGUCAUUAAGAAGCCUUAGCCUGGCAGGGUGAUGCGCGCCAUUAACCCCAGCACUCGGGAGGCAGAGGCAGGCGGAUCUCUGUGAGUUUAAGGCUAGCCUGGCCUACAUAGUUCCAGAACACCUUCAAGGUGAGAUCUCAAACAAACAAAAAGCAUUUGGUUUAUUAGGUAGUCUCGGUACAUUUUAAAGACCAACAUUAAACAAACACACCUUUUAUAAAAGCAAGACAUGCCAAAACAUAAUUUGAGAGAACCUCAGUUGUACUGUCGCUGUAGGCAUGAGUCAGAGUCCAGAGUGCACCCGCUGAGAUGCCCAGGUUCCUGUGUACUUGGAUAGUGAUGGAAAUAGAGAUCUUUCACUAGGAAUGGGACUGGCAAAGGUCCUUGGUCAGCAGAGCCUCCAUCUUUCUUGGCAAUUAGAGAGGUAGAGCUUAUUUUAAAGCAUACUAUUUUGUUAUGCAUAUACCAAAUUUGGAGAGGUUUCCAGUCUUCCUUGGGGUUGCUUUUUGUUUGUUUGCCUCUAGAACUUCCUGUUCGCCUACCUCACUUUACCCCAUCCUCAGAGCUGUGGUCCCAAAACACUUUCCGAGGGGCUAAAGGAUAAUAGUCUAUUUUGUGUAAAUCUGUGCUGAUGAGGAGUGUAAUCCUUGCCAAAGAGAGACCACAAAGCUCUCUUCCUGUUGUUUCUGUUGGUUGGAGAGGAGGCUUUGGAGUUUUUGUUGUGGGGGUUGACUUGAAUCCCUUUAUCAUAAUGAGCUAAGUUUGAAACUGUCAUAUCCUAGAAGAUACAAAUUGUACAGGACUAAAAAUGCAAGAAUUUGAGCUGAAGAGAUGGUGUAGCAGUUGAGAGCACUAAUUGCUCUUGCAGGGGACCUGGGUCUGAUUGCACCCACAUGGUAGCUCACAACCUCCAUCACUGCAGUUCCUACGGCUCUAGCGACCUCUUUUGGCAUCUGCAAGCCCCAGACACACACAUGGUACACAUACAAGCAGAACAUCCAUACACCUAAAGUAAUAAAUCUCUGAAAAGUUGUCAGUGCAAGAACAUUAUGAUUAUACCAGAAGUAGCCCCAGGAAGGACCUGAGUCAGGAAAACCAAAGCUAUGCUUGUGUAAAUUGUUCUGGGUAUGGUCCUUUAGACUGCUAAAAAACAAAGCAAAACAAAAUCACAUACACACACAAACAAACAAACAAAAAAUCCCAACUGAUGGUUAUAUAUUGAGAUCAUGGUAAAAUACAAAAAAAAAAAAAAAAUUAGGAAAAAAUCCAGUAGUAGAAUGGAUUAAAGGAAAGAUACUAUGGGUUGUAACCAGAGUACCAACAGUGCCAAAAGAAAAAUAAUGAAAAAAAGCAAAGCAUACGGUUGUAAUUACUGAUAGAUUUGUAAUAGAGUUUAUCUUUGCCUUUAAGAAGUGAAAGCAUCCCGUUUGUUGUCUGAAGAGAUCCUUUAAGUCCUUCAGCCUUUUCAUAGCUAGGAGUAGGUGCUUGUCUUCAAGGUGUUCUUGAGGCUGUGGAGACACUGGUGCCACUUCCUUAGAAUGACCCCCACAGGCUGUAUCCGGUCUCCACACAUCUAGUGCCCACCUUUAACAGCUUUAAUGCCUAUCAGGUGCAGUCUGUUGUCUCUGCCGAGGUCGCCAGAGAAGUAAGUCUGCAGCAGUGCACUGAGUUCUAACCACAAUACGGGAGACUGUUUUGGUAAGGCUUAAUAAUAUGUCCUUUUUAUUACACAGAGUAAGUAUACCCAGUCUGAUGUUACUGCUUGGUGAUACUGUAACUUCUAUAAUUUUCGUUAUGGAAAGGAAGUUCAAGUUAAAGCUCUUUGGCAAAUUUGUGCGUCAUUCUAGAUGUAUCUCAGCCUCACUUGGAAGUCUUACAUCCAUCACUGUACAGUAGGAGCACUCUUAUAGGAGGAGCCAGUCCAACAGAAUUCUCAACACAGCGUCCAAAGAAUUGGGUCAAAAUAAAGCAUUUUGAUGCUGUUUUAUUUUUGUUACCCUUGACCUUUUUUAAAAAUUAAAAUAAAGUUUUAAUUUUUUCCAGUA